GCAACGCCGGCCUAGGCCUGAGCCUGGCAAGCGAGGUCCUCCCAGCGGGGCGAUGCUGCGGGGCCUAACAGCGCUGCGGAGAGUCUCGGGGCUUCACCGCUGCUCCUCCUUGAGUCGCCCAUGGAGUGGCGGAAAUCCCGGGACCCAGUCGGGCCCACCUCCUCGGCAGCGCUGCUGGCGGCUGGGCAUGGGGCUCGGCCUGGCUUUGUCGGCAGCGGCGGCGACCAUGAUGAUGACGGCCGCCGCUGAGGAGGAGGAGGAGCGGGGCAACGACGGAGAGCAGCCGCCGCGAGAAGAGGGCUUCAGCCGGGCCGUGACCAGCAGCAGGGACCUUCUCCAGCGGGUGAAGGAUGAAGUGGGAGCCCCUGGAAUAGUAAUCGGAGUUUCUGUAGAUGGAAAAGAAGUAUGGUUGGAAGGCAUGGGUUAUGCUGAUGUGGAGAACCGUGUGCUUUGCAAGCCAGAGACUGUUCUACGAAUUGCUAGCAUUAGCAAAUCUCUGACUAUGGUCGCUGUUGCAAAGCUGUGGGAAGAAGGAAAGCUGGAUUUAGAUGCUCCAGUGCAGAAGUAUGUUCCGGAAUUUCCUGAAAAGGAAUAUGAAGGCAAAAAGGUCACUGUCACGACAAGACAGCUUGCUUCACAUUUAAGUGGAAUUCGCCACUAUGACAAAGAUAUUAACAAAGUAAAGGAAGAGAAAGAAAAAGCUAACAGAGCCAUAAAAGUUGCAAAAGAUACCGCGAAAUCUGCCCCCAGAGAGAAGGAAGACAAAGGCUCUGAAAAGAAUGACUUGACUAAAGCUAAGCCAGAACACGAAAGCAAAAAUUCCAAAAGUGGAAGGAAAAAAAAGGAGUUUGAACAUGAGGAGUAUUAUUUGAAAGACAAAUAUGACAGUGUGAUUGAUUCACUGAAUAUAUUUAAAGAUGAUCCUUUGUUCUUUAAGCCAGGCAGUCAGUUUUUGUAUUCGACCUAUGGAUUCACUCUUCUGAGUGCUGUCGUGGAGAGAGCUUCGGGUCAUAAAUUCACAGACUACAUGCGGAAAAUAUUUUGUGACCUGGAUAUGUUGACCACAGGACUAGAUGAAAAUGAGCCACUGAUAUACAACAGAGCGAGGUAUUACAUUCACAACAAAAAAGGUCGUCUGGUCAACGCACCCUAUGUGGACAACUCCAACAAGUGGGCUGGUGGCGGUUUCCAGUCCACAGUGGGAGACCUUCUGAAGUUUGGGAACGCCAUGCUGUAUGGCUAUCAACUUGGGCAGUUGAAAAAGCUUGCCCCCGGACUCCUGCCCGGCUAUCUCAAGCCCAGCACGGUAGCAAUGCUGUGGGCAGCAGUCCCAAGCACACAGGCAGCCUGGCAUACUGAUAUGAAAUAUGGGAUGGCGUGGUUUGUUGUGGAGAAGAAGCAGGAAUGGGGCUUCUGCAGGCCGCAGCGACACUACGCCACCCACACAGGAGGAGCUGUGGGUGCAAGCAGUGUCCUCCUCAUUCUGCCUGAAGAACCAGACUCUGAGGCAGCACAGGGUGGCUCACUGAUGCCACCGCGGGGUGUGGUGGUCUCCAUUAUUUGUAACAUGCAGUCGGUUUCUCUUAACGGCACUGCCUUAAAGAUUGCAAUGGAAUUCGAAAAGGACAAGUUAGCACAAUACGCUGAUAAAAACAGCUUGCAGAAUUAAGCACGGUACCAAAAGUACCCUCUUGCCAAGUAGGGCUACCAUCCUACGUUGAUCGCGCUGCAUUAGAACAUGCCACUCAGGGAAGCAGCUGUAUGGGUCCAACGGCCCCUCCUUAAAGGGAGAAAAGUAUUUUGUAAAGGUACUCCAAUGAAAGUUGCCAAAAGCGCUAGUGGCGCUUCCUUUUGCUACCUGGAGCCAAACCUACAUGCCAAUCAAAUCUCUUGGGUUUUUUCUUGAAAAUUCAGUAACAUGGAGAUGUGCAAAACAAGUGUCAACCUCGGAAGCUUUGCAUGUGAGGCCGGACCUGCAUGUGCUUUUUAGCAGAGGCUCUUCACUUUCAAAAUAGUCGCUGAAAAAUUGAUAGUAAUGGUGAAAGCACAGGGACAAACAUCACAGACAUCCUUUGGGCCGUUGCAGUCUAUUGCCAUCACAGCACUGAGGAGGAACAGCAGCCCGUUCACGCAGUAGUUUGAUACUACUACCCAUGGUCUUGCUUAGGAGUGGAGGGAGGCAGAAGGGAGUGAGUUGCCAAGGGUAGCUAUCUCCAUCAACUCCUUAGGAGCAGCCAAGGAAGACAUGGGUGAGUUAAUCCCCCCUCCUCGCAGGCUGUUUGCAGGGCUCAUUCCUCCAUGUUAGUCAUUUUGCCUGUCAGUGCAGAAAGCCACCAAAAUUAAUCCUGCAGUUAUGAUGGGAUUGACUUUCAGCAUAAGACUGGAUGCUCAUUAUGUAGCAUAUAAAUGCAUUUACAGUGUGAGUCUAUACAUGUCUGCUCAGAAGUGAAUCCCAUUGUGUUCAAAGUGACUUACUUGUGUCGCUGUUCUUAACAACUUGCUGACCAAGUAGUAUUUCUCUAGACUUAAGUCUCUAGUCUGGAAUUCCUUGAAAAGGUUCCCAACUUUGUCUGAGGAUCAUGGUACCAAAGUUACAGUUGGUUUCAGAAUUUGGCAGGCUUGUUGUAAAAGGAUUUACGCCUUUCCUAGGCGUAACUCACUGCCAACAUUGUGUAGUCUUUGGGAGAGGAUUUCACUGGCUCCCUGUUUAUCAAAAUUCCACCCCGUUCACUUUCUAACACUUCACUGCCAAUAUGAGUUUCCAAAGGCAGGGGACACAUCUUAAAGCUUUAAGACAGCCUU